AUUAUCAAUGAUAUUUCCUUUAUAGAUCUAGUCCACAACAAGCGUCAACACAUUGCAGAUGAUACAUUCACAUACAGAAGAAGAUGUUUUUACAAACGUUCUUCAAAAAAGAAAACCAACAUGAAUGAUACAACAGAUGCAAAACUUGAAAGUUUUCAAGCAGGUGGAGACCAGUCUAAUGUGCUUGAAAGCUUUGUUACAACAGAUGAAACAGACAGCAUUGGGGGCUAUCGGUCUUCUGGGAGAAUAGCUUCGAUGCCAGAGUCUGACUUCUUAUCUCAACAUUAUGCAGUUAAAGAUCGUAUUGGUCGUGCUGUUAUAAUAAAUAACAAGACAUUUAGUGAAAGGACAGGCAUGGGUAAACGCCCUGGAACUGAUACUGAUGCAGUUAGCAUGCAGACUGUUCUAAUUACAAUAGGUUUUCAAGUUGAACGCUUUGAUGAUUUAAGAGCAGAUGAAAUAAAAAAUAAACUUCAACAAGUUGCUUCAGAUGACCACUCUAGCAGCAGUAGUUUUCUUUGUGUUAUUCUAACUCAUGGAGAAGAGGGAUAUGUUUUUGGUACUGAUGAUAGAGUGUCACUUGAUGAUUUGGUAGCUCCAUUCAAAGGAGAUAAAUGUUUAUCUCUUGCUGGGAAGCCUAAAAUAUUCUUAAUUCAAGCUUGCAGAGCUCCAGAAGCAGGGUAUGAGGGAGAUGAUGGAAUGGAGGAAGAAAUGGACUAUGAUAAAUCUAUCAGGAGAAUUCCAACGGAAGCCGAUUUUCUUAUAGCUCUUUCUGUUGUUCCAGGAUGCUUAGUGUGGAAUAAAUCACCCAAAGCUAAUUCAUGGUUUGUAAAAGCUAUUCAUGAUGUUUUCUUAAGAAACUGGAACAAGUUGGAUUUGAUGACAAUGAUGACAAGAGUCAACAAAAUAGUAGCAGAUGAAUUUGAAACAAAAAAUAAGGCUGAGUUUGACAAAAGAAAAAAGCAAAUUCCAUGCAUAACAUCAAUGUUGGUGAAAGAUUUCUAUUUCUUCAAAAGAUGAAUUGACUUAUUAUUAAUAUGUUGAUAUAUGCGUAACUGGCCCUACAGAAUAUUUUACUGUAAACAAUUAAGUUUUGAUAGUGAAUCUCACUAAGGUUUAUAAAAUAAUUUACAAUCAUAUCUUUAUAUACUCAUCUGUAGUUUUUUUUAAAGACUUCUGUAAAUUUUUAAAGCAUUUUUUAUGCAAAUUAAUUAUAUCAAAAGAAACUUUAGAAAAACAAACCAAUGCUAUCAUGAUUAAGAAGUAUUUAAUUUUACUGAUUAUUAUGAAAAUCUUUUUUUAACACAAUUCAGCAUUUCCUGAGUAGCUGUACAUUCACAACAGUAAAUUGUUGAAACAUUUUGAUCUGACUGUCUAGAAGUAUAUAUGUUUUUUCAUCAAGUCUAAUGUAACUGUAAAAUGUAUAAAAUAAAAUAAAAAUACUUCUUUUAUUUUACUAAUGCAACUUUUCGCCUGAGUGCUGAAAAAAAUCCACAAUAUGUAUUAAAUUACUUAGCACAAAGAUGGUCAAAGUGUUUGGACCACAUGGCACAUUGAAGUGAUAUUGUCCAAUGGCUGCCUCAUACUUUACUUUUCAAUAUGACACAUGAAAUAUACUAUUUUAAGGGUGUUCAGUUUUCAAUCAAACAUGUUUAUUAAUGGAUUUAAUUUAAAAUUUUGGUGUAAAUUGCACAUGUUAUAUUUCUCCUGCUAUGAUCCUCAUUCUACCAUUUUUUGGUAUACCUGGCCCAUGAAGUCUGCCUUUUUUUAAAGUGAACUUUAAUAUGCAUCAUAGUUUUGUUGAUAUUUAUUUAAUUUGUAUGUUGUAAUUAUUCCAUUACAAAAGUCUUAUAAGAUCCAAUAACAUCAAGCAUUGUCACAGAAAUAAUGUAGGAACAUGACCAAGAACUCAAAAAUGCAGUCAUUUUGCAACUCAAUCAAUGUGUAGAAGGCAACCAAAAAAAAAUCCUUGUUACUCAUGGGGUUUUACCUCUACUCCAUAUUUUGGCAUUUAGAUUACUAGUAACAUUGAAGCUCAAAUAGUUUCAUCCAGCUAGUUUUCCUUGUUCGCUAUUAGUGUUCAUCUUGACACAGGAAUGCUUGUUUAAAAUCUUUCAUUUGUACAAUUUUUUAAUUCUGAGUCAUAGCAGUGUCUUCUGUUUUUUAUUUUUUUGCAUUGUAAGUUUUUCAUUUUUCAAAGCUUGAUAAAAUUCUUAAGUUUUCUUGUGUUUAAUUUUUUUUUUUGAGACUUUAUUUUCACCACUUAUUCAAUCCAGUCACAAAUUUUGAUUUCAUUUCUGUAACAAAUCAACAUAACAAAUCAACAACAAUUAAUAGAAGAGUCUCUUGCUAAUGAGUAAAUCAUCAUUUAAUUAGUAUUUGACUUUCAUCAUGGAAGUGAUGCAGUGAAUUUGUAAAGGGGUGCAGAUUGGACUGGGAGACAUCCAUCAAGAGAUGAAAUCAAGUUCUGGUCCAGAACUCAAAGUUUGGUUUCAUGUUACUGAUGUUAUAAAGUAUGGUGUAAUGUUAUUUCUUUUUAUAGAAAAAUAAAAUAAUGAAUUGAAACAAAAAUAAGGAAGCAAAUUAAAAAAGAAAAUUUAUUUCAAUUAUUGAGGUGGCAAAUAAAUCGUUGAUCUCUAGCUUCAUACAAAAAAAUUUGGAGCAACAAUCAGUACUGGUAAUUAAUAGUUUACUUGCAAAAUAAUAUUUGGUAUCUUUUUUGAGUUAUCAACUAAAUGAAUUUUUUUUUUUAAUUAUAAUUUAACUUUGAAUGUUAUGGACAUUGCAGCCUUGGGAAGCCACACUGUGAAUAGCAAUAAAAAUACAUUACUCUUAACUUGUUCAAUUUUCUAUAAAACUACUCAAGGAUAACUACUUCUCAAAUGUUGCAAUUAGUUUCUGUAAAUGACUUUCUUAAAGAACGUUCAUUAUUUGUGAAGAUAUGGUGUGAGCCUAAAGAACAUAGAUUGGCCAAUCAUAUUUCAUCCUCAUUGUAUACAGGUCAUUGCAUUAAAUAGCUUUUGGCACCUUCA